UGUUGCUGUUCUCGCCUUACAAAGCAACAGCAAUGUAGUGGCCAGUUCGGAAAUGGCUCGUGCACCGCUCUCUCCUAAAUCAUACCUCCAAUUCAAUUUCAACUAUUUAACGUUUAGUGGUUUAUGGAAUCCAUAUAAUGAUCAUCGAAAAUGGCUGUAUAUGAUUUACUGUACCGUGAUGGUAUUUAGCAUUGAAAUUAUACGAAUACACGGAUACAUGAUCCAUGCUUGGUCAGUGCACUAUGAUUUUGAGCGUUUUACGUUAUCGGCAUUUCUGGCGUUGGCUUUCACAUGUGGCUGUAUAAAAAAUAUCAACCUUCUAUGGCAUCGGUCCGAUAUCAAAUUCCUCGCCACUGCUCUUAUGUGGGAAAGGGGUCGCCCAUGCUCCAAAGAAACUGCCAUUUACAGAGAUAAAAUCAUACCAGAAGUCAUCAAACAGUCCAACUUAUUCGCCAUGAUAUGGAUACUAGACGCAUUAUUCUGCGGUUUAUUUUUCUACUCAGAGUGUUGGAAUGAGCAUCGAAGGACACUCGAUCAUAUCUUAAUCGGUUAUACGUGCUUGAGACGGAUUGUUGAGAGAUGGAAUUUUUGGAUAUUACUGGUGAUAGAUUAUUUAAUGUUCACGAUCAUGUCUUUCACUGUUCUAGCCAACGACUGCUUAGUCAUGUCCCUAACGUUUCAUCUUUCAACUCAAUUGAAAAUUCUCAACUUUCGCCUGAGAAAAUGUUUUAAGAGCUAUAGAGAUUCUGCUUGCAAUGAAAUAUCAGCCAAUGUGGAAUCAAAUGAUUUGCAUUUCAGUCAAAUUGACGUCGAACAGUUACAUUCAACUCCCAAUCAAGAAUUGAUAUAUUGCACUCAACAUUAUCAACUGAUUGUCCAAAUGGUGGAAGUAAUGCAGAAGGUCUAUGGAAUCAUUCUCUUUCCUCAAUUAGCUUCAAGUGCAAUAAUGAUAUCCCUCACUGGAAUCCACUUAUUUGUUACAAAAACAGCCAGCAUUGGCCACCCCGUUCUUGCUGGACAAAUAAUUUUGGCGCUGUUGAGCAUUAUGUUUCAAUUGGUCGUUUACUGCUGGGGUGGGAGUAUGAUUAUCUGUGAAAGUGAACUCAUCAGCUCAGCAGCAUACAAAUCAAAGUGGUAUCAGGGUGAUAGGGAAUUUCAGAGGAACAUGCAAAUUUUUUCAGCAAUGACUCGAAAACCACUAUAUCUCAGUGCUUUUGGUGUUUUUCAACUUUCACUACCAACUCUAAAAAAUGUAAAGAAAAUUCAAAGAGAUGCUGUGAACGGUAAUCAUUAAAUCUUAUUCAGCGAUGGCGUUACUGAAGAGAGCUAACGAAUGAAUACAGGAUUCUGGCUAUGAUAAUGGGUUUUUUCCACAUCAUGUAUGUAAACGAGUUCUGAAUUCAAAUUGAUAUUCAGAAUAAAAAAUGAUAUCUAAGUGAUCUCCACUCAGAGAGAAAGAUAAUGAUGGACAUGAAGAAUGUUAAUAAAUCCUUAAUCUAGCCCUGGCAUCUUGUCUAUUUGUUGCAAAAUAAUGAAAAAUGUACCUGUGUCGUAUGACCGGAAUGAUGACAUCAUACAUUAGUCACUUUCACAACAAAUAACGGGCGGGGGAGGGGCGGUGUUCGUUUAUUCUCAAAUGUAAGAAAUGCGUGCCGUCAAUGAAAUACUAGAGAAGGUAAAGUUCUAUGAAAAAUGACGUGGAGAUUUUGAAAACAGUGAUUAGACAUAGACUAAUUUUAAACACUUUUUUCAAUUAUCACGUCAACGCAACGGAAUCACAAUUUCACUUAUCAGCCCUGAGAGGGCUCUGCUUAACGGAUUUUCUAGUCUUUCCAAGAAAAAUCGAGCGGUUUAGGUAUGCAAUACAAGACUAUCGGUUAAGUAAGACGUAAUUGUUUGUGACGUACAACAUGGUUUUCGGACAAAUCUACGAACCUCCUUACCGACAUCGGUGGCCAAAGGGUUUAGGAGCGAGCCUGGUGUGCGAGAGGUGGGGCGUUCAAAUCCCAGCGGGUGCGAAUUUUUCACAAUUUGAGGCUCCGAUGAGUGGGAAACUCUCGAUAGGCAGAUCGCCCGUACCGGAUAAGUUUCUUUCUGUGGUGUCCUAUACCCACCUCUAUGUUAUAUGAGCGUGUGAAUGCAGUGUAGUAUAGACAUCAAUGUCCACAGUCGCAUGUAUAGGGAUUUGGUACGGCUAAUUACCAGCUAGAGGGCAGCAAGGGCCGGAAUAUACAGAAAAAAUCAAUUCAUUAACCCCGUGCAGGGUCUCUUUACUCUUGGGAAAAUCCAGAUCUGCCAGCUAGCUGGAGGACAUUUCCCUGCGAUGGCACGACUUUUUUCGAUGCCUAACUCGAGCAGGGCGUUUCUCUCAUCGUAUAGAAAGUCGGCACACUCCAUACACUUCUGCAACGAGCGGGAAAAGAGGUGACACUCAAUGCAUUAUUAUGAAAACAACCUUGCCAAGUUAUGGUUUUCGGAAACCUCGCAUGGCCUAUUAAUUUACUCAAUGCGUUAUUAUGAAAACAACCUUGCCAGGUUAUGGUUUUCGGCAACCUCGCAUGGCGUAUUCAUCUACUCUACCCACUGCCGUGGGGAGGAGGGGAAUCCAUACUGUCGGCUAGUUCAGAUCGCCGAAGGACACUUAGCAACCAUGACGGCGUCGAGCCAAAAAUGACGGACACAGGCAUGGCUCCCGCGGGGAAUCUCGAGACGGUGGUCCUUGGUGUCAGCCUGACACCCAGCAUGCGAAGGGUGGAUAAGGAUAUUUAGUAUCAAAAGAAAUAGAGGGAAAGAAGAAGAAGAAAAGAGAAGAGGACACUCUAAUUCCCAGUCAUGCACUGCCGCUAUGGUGCAUAUAUCGGACAGUCCAUAACGAAAUUUUGGACUUUGUCGUCAGCUUGGUCGCACUGGCAGUUGCUUGACUGGGCAAGGCGCCGGUCUUGAAGAUAAGACCGGAAUCGCCCAUGCACUGUCAGGACCUGCGACAUCCAGUGGUCGCACUCGACCCACUUAGCGUCCAGGUGCGCCGUAGUAUCGAUGAAGAACGCAAAGACGCUCCUCGCGGUUGAAGCCUACUCAAACCCACUCCUCCAGAGAUUUCCUAUCUCUGCCUUUAUAUCCUCGACGGCCGCAAUCGGACGACCUUUGUCGAUAACGCGCGGAUUCGCGGAGUCUACUUCUACGGUACCUAUUCUAACCGGAAUGCCUUUCUCGGUGUGGUAGCGCACUGCUCUUUCGCUCAAUAAAAGAUCCAUAGGAAGAACUCCCGCCGCUGCGCAGAGUCCUCCGUGCGAAGCCGUCCUAUACGCGCCAGUAACUGUCAGCAGCGUGCUCCUCUGUGCGGUACGGAGCUGCUUCCUCCACUCGUAUGGUGUGCACCGGUCCACUUACCCUUGAGCUGCAUAUGACACGACAGUCUGAAAAACGCCCUUGAAAAUUUAAGAAGCAAUUAACUUUGAAACUUAGGAUGGGAAAAAAUGGUGGUAAAACCAUGAACUGGGUUGCGGAGGUAUCUCCAUACAUUAGGAAUAAAAUGUUAGCUAAACAGCGCCUCAAUAUUCAAUAGAGCGCUUGUAGAAUCCGUGACUCCCUUCAGGGCACGCGAUGCUUUAAAUGACAAGACUUCAGCCACUUGGCAAAGCAUUGCGAAACCGAAUCGUGUUGCUCUAUUUGUGCAACCGUGGGACAGAAGAGGCCUGCGUGCCCAAAUAAACAAAAUGUGCAGAAACACCAAUGUGUGAACUGACACCAAUUAAAGAAGCUGCAUAAUCAUGUAGCCAGACACAAGGACUGCCCAUCACACAAGCAGGCCUUGGAAAGACUAGUCGAAUGAAUAGAUUACGGACAAUAGAUAGUCUAAAAAUUUACAGGUCGUGGGCUUGAAAGUAGUGCAACUAAACUGCAGAAGAGCAAGAAAAGUCAUGGCUGAAAUCCGGCAAAUAGCCGUGACAAAAGGUGUAUCGUUUGAGAGAUACUUCCGAAAAGAAUGUAUUUGGCUUAUUAUGAAUUGUACAAUUUCACAGUGGACUGUAUUGAACGGUUAAUUGUAACUAACUAAAAAUGAGCAAGUCGUAGCUUUUAUAUCGAGCAAGAAAUGCUGUGAUUGGCUCGGUAUUGUAAUAUUGGGGAAUUCCCGGAAUCACUAAAUAUUAGAAAUAUAAUACUAUACAGGGUGUCCCAGAAUUGAACGUCCAGACUUUAAACGUAAGUUAGGGGUGAAAUUCUGGAUCGAAAAGUCCUGAGCGACUUUUUGAUCAGACGCACCCUCUUCAACUUAUUCAGGGUUGAAGUUGGACGAAUCAGGGGCGUGGGACAACCGCUCGCACGACGGUGAGGAAAACAUGCGAGUGUGGUGGUGUCCCCACCAUACCGUACUACUCCCCUGAAGCGGCAGAAAGAGAUGACUGGCGGCGGUGGGUAAGAGACAGGGGAGGGAAAUGAAAAAAAUGAAUCGCUAUAGUAAACCCUAUAGCGAUCUAACUAACCGAACUCAGGUCAUUGAGCAGGUAAUACACCUCAGUAAAGCGCUACGCAAAGCCUCUAACGCAUCCAUACCUAUUCGGAAUAGUCGAGCCAGGAAGGUUCCAUGGUGGAAUCCUGACCUCGCCAGACCGAAAAAAGGGGCAUACAGGGCUAGAGGGAAACUUCAAAGAAACAAAGAUCCUACAAAGAGCACAGAAACUCGAAGAAUACAGAAGGGAGAAAUGCAUCUACACUGAAAACAUUUUUGAAGCACGUACAAGUAAAUGGAAACAAUUCGUCACCCUUAACGGGAACGAAAAUCCAUGGAGUUUUGUGUACAAACUCCAAACAGGGAAAAUCAAGAGCAAAGAUGUAAUAAAUAACAUAAAGUAUGACAAUGAGUACACUACUGACUGGCAAGCCACGGCCAAUGCCAUGAUGAAUAAGCUGUCUCGGGAAGACUGCGAGGACGGAGAGACAGAGGGCCAUAGGUGGGUGCGGGACCUGAACAGGCAAACACCAGAAGGCGAAAUGAGGCUCUUCACCAAGGAACAGCUAACUGCAUGCAUAAACAAGAUGAAGUUCAAAAAGGCUCAGGGCC